AUGGCCUUCCGUCGUUUGGGAUUGCCUUUGCGGGGUGAGGAGGAGGAACGGCCACCAAAGAUCCGCAAAGUUGCGGAGAAAGAAGCCACCAGCGGAGAAGCCGAGGCCAACGGCAAUCGGAGUGAGAGGGGGAAGGCCGACCGGAAGGCCAACAUCGUCGCUGCCUCGGCUGUGGGAGUCAAGGCGAAGGUGGCGAAGGUAGGGCCUGCCAGGCCCCAGCUUCGGCCCCAGCUUCGGCCACGCCAAGACAUUGAGCUUCAAGAAAAGCGCCCGAACCGAGGGAAUCUGAACGAAAGAGGCCGAAAUCUCCUCGGCUCAAUGUUGAUACAUUUGGCCUCAAGAAGGAGGCUUCAGGUAGACCAACCUAGCAAGCCAAAGCUUUCGCGUCCAGAAGAAGCAAAAGCCUUCAAGGCCGUGAAGGAUGGAGACGAGAGAAGAGACAAGGACAAGCAGAUGGAGCCGACAAGGCCCAAGUUGACAGAGAAGCCGAAGCCGCAGAAGCCCGAGUCCAAGCCACCCAAGCCACGACCGAGCACUGCGAGCGCGAGUGGAGCUGCUCCGGAGAAAGAGUCUUUGGAGUUGAGACUUGCCGAGCACUACGGAAACAUGAUGAACUUUAUUCGGACGCGGGCUGAGCCCAUUCUUUUCUACCUCCCGGCACACCAUACACCGGAAACUCAGAAAUGUUUGGAGGAAACCCAGGAGACCAUUAAUCGAAAGAUUCAGGUGCUAGCCACGCACUUUCAAACAGGAGGGGCUCAAGCAGAUGCAGAGGAAUCUGAGAAUGAAGAUCAGGAUGCAGAUGCGAAUGAUAGCAAUGCAGGCCUGGUAGCCAACUCGCACCGCCGGGCAGCCUUGACACCAGCCAAAACUUGA